AUACAGACGCCAUUGAAGUCGUCCUCUAUGAAUGUUAGAGCUGUUUAAUGCGCUCAGCAGGUUUGCGUUUGUCGGACGGUUUCCACGGUAAUUGAGUUACUAGCUGAUAAUUAACUGACGGUUAAAAGAUGACGGCCAGAGGGACGCAGAGUCGCUUCCUGAGAAGUGUUCUUCAGAACGGGGUCGGUCGCUACGUCUGCCAGCUCAAACGGAUCUCUAUCAUCUUCUCCAAGAACGCACAGAGCUCGUUGGGAGUCAGGGAGUUUAUUGAAGAGGGAGCGGUGGAUUAUGCCAAGAACAACCCUGGAACUGUCGUGUAUGUGUCUCCUCAGUCCUGCAGGAUACCCAAAAUAGUUGCAGAGUACUUAAACGGCAAUGUGAGGGAAGAAACUGUCACAAGCAAAACGUCUCCGCAGAUUUCAGAGCUUCUGACCAAACUGACCAAUCAGUCCGGCCUGGACAUCAUCCGCAUCCGCAAACCCUUCCACACAGACCACCCCAGUAUCCAGGGCCAGUGGCACCCAUUCACCAACCGGCCCCCCUCUAUCGGCACCAUCAGACCACAGAAAAACAGGGACGCUGAAUGAUGACUUGAGUUAAAGUCAAACAGUUUGGAUGUUUCCACCGACUUUAAUCAAUCUUGAGAGUUUUUUUUUUUUGGAUUAGUUCAAGUGUCUGCACAGGUCAAGUAGUUCUCACGUUUGCAGCAAUUUUCCAGUGUAUUUGUUGGAUAUUUCCAGCCGAAGACCCCACUACCGACUGCACAUUUUUUGGCAUGUCCUUCUGCCUGGUGGUGGCAGCAAAGCCACUUGAGCCGUGC